GCGAGCGUUGUUCAGUUCAGUGCUCCGAUAAUCCGACGAAAUCGUCCUGGAACAAGGGCAGAGGCUAUGUAUGACUGGCCUGAUGAACCUUUUGAAGAAAUGGAUAGUACAUUAGCUGUACAACAGUACAUUCAGCAACUAAUUAAAUCAGAUUUUGAGAACAUAUCGUUGAUACUUGAGCCACCAGAAGGUCAGGAUAAGGGUGUAUGGAAGUAUGAACAUUUACGACAGUUUUGCCUUCAACUGAAUGACUUGACAGUGAAAUUGCAACGUGAGUGUUUACCUGAUGUUUGCACCCAAAUGACAGCCACUGAACAAUGGAUCUUUCUUUGUGCUGCCUACAAAACUCCAAAAGAGUGUCCCGCCCUUGACUACACUCGGCACACGUUGGAUGGAGCGGCUUCAUUGCUGAACAGCAAUAAAUAUUUUCCCAGUAGAGUAACCAUAAAAGAAUCAUCAAUAUCAAAGCUGGGGUCCGUAUGUCGCAGAAUCUAUAGAAUAUUUUCUCAUGCUUACUAUCACCACCCGAUUUAUGAUGAAUUUGAGGCAAGCACAAACUUAUGUCGUCGCUUUACUGCGUUUGUUUUAAAGUACGAACUAAUGGCGCAAGAGAGUCUUAUUGUGCCUACAGAUCAAAACCGAACAGAGAUAAGUAGCACCUUACAGACUGGAGUGUAACCUUUUCGGGAAAAAUGCAUCAACAAAUAUUUUACUAUAAAUUAGAUUUAUUGGGGCAGAAUUAUCAUGCAGAAUUAACUUUAAUGAAAGUGUUCGUCAAAAUAUGUCGAUAAUAGACUUGUCAAAUAAACUUUCUUAAAAUACCUAAAUAUUUAUUGGCAUAUAAUGGCUAACAUAUAAACGAACUAAUAUCAACAACAUGGCGGGUGUGGCUAAUUUGGAAAAAAUUUUCCAACAAUGACGAACACAGGGAAUUUUUAUUCCUGUUUUACGUAGCUGCAUUUUUCAUCUCGUUCCACGGGGUAAAAAAAUGAAUGAAAAUAAUAUUCUAUCUAAAUGAAUAAUUCUGCUGAAAGAUUUUUGUAGCAUAGGAUUUAAAGUUCAGGUUUAUCUUGUAACUACUGACUUUGAAUAAUCUUGAAGAGUUUGGAAAGCAGCGUA